AUGAGUAAUUCAUUUGUUUUAAUUUUUAUUUAUUUAUUUUUUCGUUUUAAUUUAUGUUUAAAAUCACAAUAUAUAUUUAUAAAAGAUUCUGUUUCAACAAAUAGAAAUACCAAAAGAAUAAAUAUUGGUAAAAGGACAUUUCUCUAUAAAAAUGGCGCAUAUAAUAAAAAUAUAAAAAAGGAAAAUCAUAGGCUAUUUUAUAAAAGUAAAAAAGAAAAAGAUAUACUUGAGUCGGGUUAUUUAUAUCCAUUUGAUCAUUUAGAGAAAAAAAAAAAGAAAUUUCCACCUGAUCCAUAUAUACCUAGUGAAGAAGAAAAAGAAAGUUCUUUUGAUAUUUAUGAUGAUGAAGAAGAUGAGAACGAUUAUUUGAAUUAUGGCGAUGAUGAUGCUAAAAAGUAUUUUGGGAAAACAACUUUCAACCAUCCUAAUAUAUUAAGAAAAUCUAAAGAAUCUGAAGAAGAAACAUACAAUGAUAAUGAAAAAGAUAACUCUAGUCAUGAUUAUUUUUAUGAGAAUGAAGAAAGUGACGAUUCUCAUACGAAAAACAAAGACAUUGAGGGAAUCACAAAUCAAAAUAUAAAAAAAAAAAAAUUAGGAGAAGUAAAAAAUAAUGUCGUAGAAAUAAAUAAAAAAAAAAUAAAAGAAAAUGAUAUAAAUUUAGAUCACGAAGAAAAUAAUAUAAAAAAUAAAAAAAAGGAAAUGAUAAAUAUUAAUUUCUACUCGUCUGAAUCAAAUAAAAUAGAAUGUGAAAUUAUGAAAGAUAGGCUAUAUUAUUUACUCCAUUCUUGUAUGGAUAACGUAUUUAUAGAAUGUUUUCAAUUAAAUAUUGAAUCUUUUAUUGAUUCAAAAGAAAAAGAAAUAUCUGUUUCAUAUAAUAGCGAAAAUGAUAAUUUUAAAAGUGUAAUUUCUUCUUUUUCUGACUUAAUUGAUUUUUUUAGUAAGUUAAAAAAAAUAUUGAACGAUAAAAUUAAUGCAAUAUAUUACAAGGAAGAAAAUAACUAUAAAUAUUUAAAUAAAGAUUUAAGAAAAGAAAUGGAAAAAUGGAAAAAGGAAAGAAGCAUAACAAAUUUAUCAAAAGAAAGUUUACAAAUGAGCAUUGAAUCAUCUUUGAAAUUAAUAGAGAAUUGUACCAAAAAUAUGUAUAAACAAAAUUACGAAUUAACUUUAAAUGAUUUAAAAUUAGCUUAUAAUAUGCUUCCUUGUAAAUACUAUGGUUAUUUUCUAUCAAACUUAUGCUCUAAUAUAUCUAUUUUAUCAUUUUACACAAAUGAUUUACAGGGUGCUUUUAGCUUUGCUCUAAAAGCAAUUAGAUAUGAACCAAAAUAUUGCGUAGCUUGGAAAUGUUUAGGAGAUUCAUAUAGAAUUUUUAGAAAAUUUUGGCAAGCCAAAAAUUUUUAUGAUAUAGCAAUAUAUCUGGGUUAUAAAGAUGAUAUAGGAGAAAACUUUAAUGAAAUAGUACAAGAGCUAAAUAAUUUAACACAAAAAGCUUUAAAAAAUGUAGAUUUGUUAAAAGAAAAUAUGAACAACCAUAUAAAUGUUGUAAUUAAAAAAAAUAUUGGAAUAGUAAUAAACAAAAAUCCAGAUUGUAUAGGUGGAUGUUAUGUAUCUUAUAUAAUAGAAGGAAGUAAAGCUAGUAAAAAAAAUUUUCAUCAUGGAGAUCAAAUUGUUGCCUUAAAUAAUAUUAUAACAUAUGGAAAACCAAUUGAUUUUUGCUUAAAAGCAUUUCAAAAAAAUAACGGUACUUAUGAUAUAAUUUUUUUUAAGGGAAAUAUCAUUGAAUUAUAUGGCUUAAAAGCCUAUAAAUAUUUAAUCGAAGAAAAUUUAUUUUCUACACUUUUUGAAAACGAAAAAAUAUUGUCCUUCAAAAGAAAUGAAACAAUUUUAUUUGACAUGAAAGGAUAUGGCACAUUUUCAGAAUAUGGGAUGUCAAAGUCGGAAAUAUAA